AUGUUGGUGCUCAUGCAAGGGCUCAUAAAAAAGGACGUGGCAUACAACUGGCUCCCCUGUCACCAAGCCGAAUUUGAGGUGUUGAAGAAGGCUCUCACGUCUGACAUGGUGGUCAAGGCAUUUGACCCAGUGCUACCCACAAAGCUGUUCACGGUGGAUUAUAACUUUACAGUGUCCUGGACUGUGGGAAAAGAACAUCUUAUUGCCGACGCCUUAUCUCGGGCCCCAGUGUUUCCCAGCGAGGACGAGCCAGAUGCUAAAGUGUUGGCCCUCAGUGUACGUGUUUUGGGGGUGGACCCGGCUCUCAGAUCUAUUGUCCGUACGGCCGCCUCUGACCCGACAUAUGAGGCCCUAGUGGAGUGUUUUAUUUCAGGAGGAGACCCAGCAACUAACCCCACCUUAUGGGCCUAUGCUUGUGCGUGGCCAGAGGUGAGCCUCCAGCAGGAGCCAGGGUCCCGCUUACUUAUCCUGCAAGGGACUCAGCUCGUAAUCCCCCGCUCAGCCCGGGCGGGCCUGCUCCGGCUCCUCAACACAUCCCAUUUUGGCAUGGUGAAGACAUACCAGCGCGCCCGCCAAUUGUACUACUGGCCCAAUAUGAAAAAUGACAUAUCUCAAUUGGUUCAGAGUUGUACGGUGUGCCAAGAAAAACUGUCUAGCCAGCCCAUUGAGCCCAUUUGGGAGCUUUCAGUCCCCACGGAGCCCAUGAGCCAUGUAGGAGUGGACCUUUUCGACUUCAGGGGCCAGAACUGGCUGGGUGAUGGACCGCUAUUCGGGAUUCCCAUUCUCCCCUACAAUCCUCCCUCCAAUGGCUUGGCAGAAGCCGCGGUCAAGGCUAUGAAGUUUCUGCUUGGCAAGUGCAAAGAUGCCGGGGAGAACUUUCCGGCAGCCCUACUGGAAUAUCGCAACACUCCACAAGAGGACGGGUUCUACCCGGCCCAAGCAUUCUUGGGCCGUCGACAGCACACCCUUUUACCGGGCCUCCCAGUUCAAAGGUUUGACCAGGAUGAAUUCGCAUAUGUGAGAAGUGCAUCCCCUCAGCACAAACAGGAUGUCAAUGAUAGAUCAGCUCACAAUUUGAGCAUUCUCACGGUGGGCACCAAAGUGCUAGUGCAGCACCCAAAACAUGGCCACGAUUGGCGCUCCUUUCGUGGAUCUCUCCUGGAUUGGCGGACGGUUCCCCGUGCUAACGGCCUCAGUUCGGCUCAGUGGCUUUUCAACUGUCGACUCUGCACCCAUUCACCCGGCCAUGUCCAACUCUACGUGCGGCUCUCGGACCAGGAUUGGCUAGCGGCCCUGGAGAAGCAGAGGGGAGAGAAACUGAAACAUCAGAUUGUCACCGGCGCAUAUCUUUUCCUGUUUCCCUACCCUCAUCUGUGCUUCUGUUUACCUGGCUCCAAGGUUGACCGAAUAAAAUGUAAGAUUUUUUUACAGGUUCGAUCUAGAACACAAAUACGGCCUCAAUUUAUCCUCCGGUCAAUAUAUGUACAUUCAUUAGAGGAAUGCAAGAAAGAAUGUGUUGAAGAAAAAAAGUUCAAAUGUCAGUCAUUUAACUUUGUGGCAAAGUUUUCACCAGCAGUCAACAAAAAUUGCGAAUUAAGUGAUCAGAACACCCAAACGUUGGACAUCAACGAUUCAACCUACUUUGAUUUCUCAGGAAAUCGUGAUUUCUACGUGAAGGAAACAAGAGAUCUAAAUUGCAUUGAUGUGUCUCAGACUUGCUCAUCAAAUGGAAUGGAGUUCACCUUGCGAACACCUUAUGAUUUUCGAGGCCGAAUAUACACACAUAAACACUUUGAUCGUCCAAAAUGUUUCAUCCGUGGGCUAGGCAAACGUGUACAUUUGUUCAAGAUCCCAGGACACAGAGGAAUACCAAAGUGUGGAACGGAGAAGUUUGGCGAUACGCUCACAAAUAUUGUUGUGGUACAAUUUAGUGAGUCUGUUCAGACCUCUGAUGACGUAAUGUACAAUCUCACUUGCACUGCUGUGGCCCCUGGAGAUGCUGUUGUAACGUCUUCAUACAUCGGUUCCGGAUCUGGUCAGCCGACUCCCAUAGAAUAUCUUCCAGCAGAACAUACUUUGGACAGUCGAGUACGUUUAGUCAUUCAAUACCAAGGUCGUCCGACGACGACGAUAGCAGUUGGAGAUCCACUCGAGUUCAAAUUAGAAACCCAAGAUGGCAAAAAUCUUUUACAAGACAUUUUUGCCACCGAUGUCGUGGCGAAAGAUCCGUAUAGUGCUCGGGCAGUGCAAUUAAUUGAUCGUCGAGGUUGUCCAAUUGAUCCGUAUGUUUUUCCUUCUCUUGGACUUGCACGUAGUGGCGAUGGUUUAUCCACUAGCUUCAAUGCAUUCAAGAUUCCCGAGUCUAACUUCUUGGUAUUUGAGGCUACUGUUCAUACCUGCAAAACAGAUUGUCCUGCGGUCUUUUGUGAUGCACCUCAGGGAAGGCAAGAUUCAUAUGGACGAAGAAGAAAAAGAUCAAUGCCCUCAUCUGACAAAAGAAUUGAAAGCCUCUCUGACGAGGACAAUUUCAAUGUUAAAGAAAUACUACAGGUGUACGAGUCCCGAGCUGAAAUUACUAACAACCUAGAGCCUGCAUUUAAAACCCGGAAGACUGGAGCCACAUUUCGAACAGAAAACGUUAUCCCAAACAAAGUCUGUUUAUCUGAGGAAUGGUAUUAUGCCUGUAUCACUGCAGUAAUAUGCUGUGUUAUUACAAUGCCGAUCUUAGCCGUAUGGGUGUAUGUCUCACAUCGAAGAGCUUAUGAUCCAAAAAUGAAACAGUUCCUUAAUCCACACUUCAACCAAACCUCUCCAAACACAGAAUCACAUCAAAUAAAUCAGUCGAAUUUUUGGGAAGUUGCAAAUGUCAAUCUACAAAGAAAUGAUCCAAAAUAUUUUGCGAACUCCAAUGCUUGGUUCAGUGAUAAGGAGCAAAGGGAAAAAAGCAACUUUGGUCAGCAUGGAGCCUUCCAAGACCCCAGUGAACCUAUUUUCACGAAUCCAGCUUUAUUUGAAAAAAAGGCAACCAAAAAUAUCGGGAAAAACCGAAGAGAUAUUUUAUUACGUUCUCGAGAUAACAAGUGAAGCGCGCCCAAAUAUGAAGCUUAGGACUCGCCAUUUUUCAGUUCUUUGUUCUGAAAUAUCUACGUUUGAAGUACAA